UUCCAAGGUACGCUGUCACCAUUGCGUUCUUGUCCCUUUUCUCAUAGACCUCUCAUUUGAACUUUGCAUAUGACUUAUUUUUUUCGCAAUGGCUACUAAAAGUCUCAGAAGUUUGCGACCUUUCAAUCCUUGUUUACAAACAGCAAGGCGAAUCAACCCCGCCUCGAUACCCCGCAGCGUCAACAUGUCUACAAUUGCUUCUUUCAAGAUACCCAAGAUCUCCAACGAACCCAACCACCAUUAUGCAAAAGAGUCUGCGCAACGAGAAGGCCUAACAGCAGCUCUCGAGGGCUUUCAAAAGAAAGCUCCACUCGAGGUCCCCCUCGUCAUAGGAGGGAAAGAACUUAAAACCUCAACAAUCUCCAAACAACAAAACCCAUCGAACCACUCCUCCACCAUCGCCUCAUACUCAAACGCCUCCCCAUCCGAUGUAUCUGCAGCCAUCGACGCAGCCCUCGCUGCCAAGCCGGCAUGGGAAUCCCUCCCUUUCUCCGACCGAGCUGCGGUCUUUCUGAAGGCUGCGGAUUUGAUUGCUGGAAAAUACAGAUACGAGAUUAUGGCUGCGACCAUGCUAGGUCAAGGCAAGAAUGCUUGGCAGGCUGAGAUUGACUCUGCUGCAGAGUUGGUCGACUUCUUGAGAUUCAAUGUCCAGUACGCGGAGGAACUCUAUGCUCAACAACCGGCUCAUAAUUCCCCUGGUGUCUGGAACAGAGUUGAAUAUCGUCCUCUAGAAGGCUUUGUAUAUGCCGUUACUCCUUUCAACUUUACUGCCAUUGCUGGUAACUUACCUGGAGCUCCAGCUUUGAUGGGUAAUGUUGUUGUAUGGAAGCCUUCCGAUUCUGCCAUUGCUUCCAAUUGGUUGCUCUACAAUAUCCUUCUGGAAGCUGGGCUUCCCAAGAACGUUAUCCAAUUUGUUCCAGGCAAUCCAGAGGAGGUCACCAAGGUCGUCCUUGCACACAAGAAGCUCGCUGCUCUCCACUACACUGGUAGCACAGCCGUGUUCAGAAAGUUGUAUGGCUCAAUUGCUACUGGUGUAGCAGAAGGCAGAUACCAGGGCUACCCACGAAUCGUUGGUGAGACUGGAGGCAAGAACUUCCAUCUCAUUCACUCUUCAGCAGAUAUCGACAAUGCCGCAGUCCAGACCGUUCGUGGCGCUUUCGAAUACCAAGGACAAAAGUGCAGCGCGACAUCAAGAUGCUACGUCCCCAAAUCAGUAUGGCCACAAUUCAAAGAGCGUCUCGUAGAAGAGACCUCUAAACUCUCAGUCGGUCCUCCAACAGACCACAAGAACUUCAUCGGUCCCGUCAUCCACGCCGCUUCAUUCAAGAAGCUCUCAGGCGUCAUCGACUCAGCCAAAGAUGACAAGGAACUCGAACUGCUCACAGGCGGCAAGCACGACGAUUCAACGGGCUUCUACAUCCACCCAACAAUCUACGUAACCACGAACCCAAACCACAACCUCCUCUCAACCGAGCUCUUCGGUCCCAUCCUCACCAUCUACAUUUACGACGACAGCGCCUCUCCCGUCGAUGCCUUCGCCUCGGCUUGCGAGCUUGUAGACAGUACCUCCGAAUACGGCCUCACGGGCUCCAUCUUCGCAUCUGACCGCGCCGCGAUCCGAUUUGCUGAAGAUGCGCUGAGGAACUCGGCAGGUAAUUUCUAUAUCAAUUGCAAGAGUACCGGGGCGGUGGUAGGACAGCAGCCGUUUGGAGGUGCGAGGGCGAGUGGGACGAAUGAUAAGGCGGGGAGCUCGAAUAUUUUGAGUAGAUUUGUUAGUAUGAGGAGUAUCAAGGAGGAGUUUAAUCCUACGUUGAAGGUAGAGUAUCCUAGUAAUGAGGUUUAGGUAGUUGGGGUGGGGAUGGGAAAGGAUAUGUAAAUUGCAUCUGAGUGGGCUGUCAUGAGGUUAUGAUUGUAGUGAGGAGUAGGAGAUUGACUUUUGGACUUUAAGAAUGAAGUAGCAGGAUUACUGGCCUGAGACCUGACUUUCGUUCAGAGUCGGUCGAAAAAAGCUAUUAGUGCAAUGAGAACAAUCAUUGGAUAUCACAUUAUCAAAAAUGAAAUGAGUUAAUGUCC